CGCGAAAACAGAGAGAUUUCUGAUUUGAGUGUAACAGAAACAAUAAAAAGAAGAAGAAGGAAUGUCAGAUUCGCCGAGUUCUUCUCCACCAGCACCGUCUGCGGAUUCCGCUCCACCCCCGGAUAGCACGACCGGCGGAUCCGCCCCUCCACCUACGGAUUCAGCACCACCUCCUAGCCCGCCGGCUGAUUCAUCGCCGCCUCCAGCUGAUUCAUCUCCUCCGCCAGUUGUCUCAUCCCCUCCUCCGCCGCCUGAUUCAUCUCCUCCUCCGCUUGUUGAUUUAACCCCGCCGCCAAGUUCUUCACCUCCACCCCCUCCGGCAGAUGCUCCGCCGCCGGUUCCCAUCGUGUUAACUCCACCUCCACCUCCACCGGUAGACUCACCGCCGCCGGAGUCCACCAACUCUCCUCCUCCUCCGGAGGUGUUUGAACCACCACCACCUCCGCCCAAUGACGACGAAAGCCCUCCUGCUCCUCCGCCUCCGGAACAAUUGCCUCCUCCAGCGUCUUCACCGCAAGCUGGACCCAAAAAACACCCUCCGGGACCUACAAAAUCUCCUACAGCACCCGCCAUAUCUCCUCCGGCUCCUCCAAACGCGCCGCCUCGUAACACUUCUCACGCACUACCACCUAAGUCUACCGCUGCAGGUGGACCGCUCAACUCGCCAUCUCGCGGAGUCCCGCCACCUUCAAAUGGCUAUCAAGGGAAGACUAUGGUCGGUUUUGCAGUAGCCGGUUUCGCAGUCAUUGCCUUGAUGGCUGUUGUGUUCUUAGUCAGAAGAAAGAAAAAGAGAAACAUUGAUGCAUACAGUGACUCACAAUACUUGCCUCCUUCAAACUUCUCCAUCAAAUCAGAUGGAUUCUUAUACGGUCAAAAUCCUACAAAGGGAUACUCUGGUCCUGGUGGUUACAAUUCACAGCAACAUUCGAAUUCCGGAAACAGCUUCGGCAGCCAAAGAGGAGGAGGUUAUACACGGUCAGGGAGUGCGCCUGAUUCAGCGGUGAUGGGAAGUGGUCAGACACAUUUUACCUAUGAAGAGCUAACCGAUAUAACAGAAGGAUUUUCUAAGCAAAACAUACUUGGAGAAGGAGGGUUUGGUUGUGUCUACAAAGGUAAACUAAAUGAUGGAAAACUUGUUGCCGUUAAGCAGCUUAAGGUUGGUAGCGGACAAGGUGACCGUGAGUUUAAGGCAGAGGUUGAGAUCAUUAGCCGUGUUCAUCAUCGCCAUUUGGUUUCUCUUGUUGGCUACUGCAUUUCGGAUUCAGAGAGAUUGCUUAUCUAUGAGUAUGUUCCUAACCAAACCUUGGAGCAUCAUUUGCAUGGGAAGGGAAGGCCAGUCCUUGAAUGGGCUAGGAGAGUCAGGAUUGCUAUAGGUUCUGCCAAAGGUUUGGCGUAUUUGCACGAAGACUGUAAGUACUUUUUGCAAUGUUUAUGCUUUUUAAAGUCCAAAGAGAAGCUGAAUCAAAGAGACUCUAUUUAUGUUGCUGACUUCGGACUUGCCAAACUCAAUGAUUCAACCCAAACUCAUGUAUCAACUCGCGUUAUGGGAACCUUUGGGUACUUGGCACCAGAAUAUGCACAAAGUGGAAAGCUGACUGAUAGAUCAGAUGUUUUCUCGUUUGGGGUUGUUCUCUUAGAGCUUAUAACCGGACGCAAACCUGUUGACCAGUACCAGCCUCUAGGAGAAGAGAGUUUGGUUGAAUGGGCUCGUCCACUGCUUCACAAAGCCAUUGAGACUGGCGAUUUCAGCGAACUAGUUGAUAGACGGCUUGAAAAGCAUUACGUGGAGAAUGAAGUUUUCAGAAUGAUUGAAACGGCCGCUGCUUGUGUUAGGCAUUCUGGUCCAAAACGUCCACGCAUGGUUCAGGUUGUGAGAGCACUGGAUAGUGAAGGGGACAUGGGAGAUAUCAGCAACGGAAACAAAGUGGGACAAAGCAGUGCUUAUGACUCUGGCCAGUAUAACAAUGACACCAUGAAGUUCAGGAAAAUGGCGUUUGGUUUUGACGAUAGCUCGGAUUCCGGGAUGUACAGUGGAGAGUACUUUGCCCAAGGCUCCCGGAAAGGAUCCAAUGGAGCUUCCUCUGACCUUCCAAACACACAAGCUAGUGCUGCCAAGACAAGGAUUGCGGCUAGAACGAUGAAUGCUGUACCAAACGAGCCACUUGAACCGGAGGAUGAAGGCGAGGAAGAAGAUGAAGAAGAAGAAGAAGAAGUAGAUGGAUACACUAGAAGAGGUUGCUGAAUCUCUUGUGGUUGGUCUCCCAUUUUUUUUUUCUUGGUGAGUUUGGUUUUGAUAGUGAUUUUGGUGAGAUAUGCUUUAGGAGCUGUGUGAUGUUGAAGACUACUUAUGUAUUAAUAGUACUAGUACUCCUUUCCAUGAUCAUUCUCUGUAAUAAAGUGUAUGUGAGACA